UUCAAUUUCCACUAAUUCUCCCCCCUAAACUCUUCUCUUCUUAUUUUUCUCACCAAAAAUGGCUCAAAACCAAAUCCACACCCUCUUCAUUUUGUGCCUUGCUUCCUCCAUCUCCAUGACCUUGCUUCUUUCCGUUGAAGCUAAAAAAACCAAGUUCACCAUUUACUUCCAAGACUAUGCUUUUGGUCCCAACACCACCUUCUUCCCCGUCGUCGGCCUCCCCGGCUCGACACUCAACUACACCGACUUCGGGACAUUCUUUGUAACCGACGAUUCGAUUACUGCCACCCCAAAUGAGGAUGCGCUGAGCAUCGGCAGAGCUCAGGGGAUCUACGUCGUCACCGGGCUCGAUGGCCGAAACCUCCUCGUCCUCCUCUCCUUGGUGUUCACAGGUGGAAAGUUCAAUGGAAGUAGCAUUGAGAUCCAAGGAACCAGCAGACAAUUUGACCUUAAUAGAGAGCUACCCGUUGUUGCAGGGACAGGAAAAUUCCGUUUGACAAGAGGGUUUAUUAACACAGAUACCGUUUCUUUCGAUGCAGCAAGAGGAUAUUCUGUUAUCCAAGUCAACGUCACUUUGAUUUAUUAAUUCCGUGGAAAAUAACAAUCUCGUAUUUAUGUUGGUUCUUUUAAUGUUAAAAAUAUAAAUAAGUGAUUAAAUAUAUCAUCUAUUAAUUCAAAUUUUUAGACUCAUGGUGAUUUAACAUUGUAUUAGUAUAGAAGGGCUGUGUUGAAUGUUUUGCAUUUUUUUUUCUUUGAUAUUUCUUCGAAUUAUCGAGGAAUUGUUUUGCUGUAACAUUGCAGUUGCUCCAUUGUUCCUUAGCUUCACAAGCUAACAAAAGCUAUGGAUCUCUAUAUGUUAAUUAUUAUAUAAAUGUUUAAUAUCGACUAUGUUACAUGAUAA